GAUUUCGAAGCCCUUGGCUUCAGCCUAUGAAGCCUAGUGGUAAUCCGGCUCUGCCGAGGCCCCCCUAGAUCUCGAGACCCCAGGCUUAAGCCUAUGAAGCUUAUACGCAAAUCCGGCUCUGCCCAUCUUCAAACAUUAGUUUGAGCUCCAGCUCCAUAACACAGGGAGGUAAGAGCAAAAGGAGUGCUUUAUUGACACUUUGGACAAAAGACACAGCAAGUUGUCAUUAUUUGUUACCUACAACUUUAAGGAGUAGUGCAGAGAUUCGAAUAGCUCACUGUGUACCCAAAGAAAAGAUGGCUGACCUUCAAGUGAUGUGUCUUUGUAGGUUCAUGUUGUGCUUGGACAUUUGCACUGUUUAACACUGUAGCACUUGUUCCAGAGUGUUAUUGUUAACGGUUGCUUCAUUCACACUCUGAACCAUCCGAGUCCAUCUUCACCCUCAGUGCAAUUCACAUUGUUCAAUGAGUCACUGGGCAGACAUCCCCUUUAUAUAAACCAGCUUCAUCCUAGGCUGUGCAACACAGAGGCAAGUGUCGAAACAAGGUAAGGACUGGACAUCACUAACACAGAUCUCGGCUGCAGAAGAAUGAAAUUAAUCUCAGCAUUUGCUCUUAUUUCCCUCUGCCUCCUCUCCACUCUGGCUGUUGAAACUUCAGGAAAUUACAUAGAGCCACUCUGUGGGAGGAUCCAAAGUAAUACAAAAUGUCCCACUAAAUAUGAGCCGGUCUGUGAUUCAAAUGGAGUCACACACAAAAACGAAUGCAUCCUAUGCCUCGAAAUCCGGGCAACCAAAUCUCAGAUCAAAAUUCAGAAGUUUGAAGAAUGUUGAACCUAAUUGUGCAAGAACUUCUAAGCACUCAGCGAGCUGAACGAUGAACUGACAUCAUUCUGGCCAGAUCCAACUGAGAAUGAAAGUUUCACUCUUCAGUGUAUAUGGGAAUGUUAAAUAUUGUCAAGCUGAGGAAAAUUCCUGACUUUUAAUCUAUGAGUUUCAAUAUUAAAUGUAAUAUUAAAAGAACAAACCAUUGAAGCUUAUCGCACAACUUUCCAAAAUCAGUUUAUUUUUUCUAUUGCAAUAUAUAGUUAAUGAUCCUGUUUUGUUCUCUCCCUGUAUAUUUUUUUGCUUCAGAUGUCUGGCCAUCUCUGGUAGAAUGGUCAAUGGCUCAGCCACACUCGUUAUUAAACAACCUUACGUCCAACCUCCCUUGUAGUGUGCAGAUUCCUAUGAAUGGAAAUGCAUGAUGAAAUCGUUUUUAAUUUGCCUUACCAGCAUCAAUCUAUGCAUCAUAUUCAACAAAGGUAGUGUGGUGUUUCCAUCAACCAGGACCAGCGACAGGAUUGAUUCUGCACUAACCCAGUGCAGGCUUUGGAAGUUUGGAAAAUGUUGACCUCAAUUUUACAAGAGCUUCCAAGUGCUGAAAGAUGAACUGGCACCAUCUGGGCCAAUUUGCCCAUUCUGUCUUCAAAUAUGUA